UAUGCAAAUUUUCGCCGGGGAGGGUGAAGGAUUAACUAAAUUUGUUUUGAAAGGUUGGGCGAGAGUAGAGUGUUGUGACAAUAGUUUUUCAAUUGUGCUUUAUAAACUGUAUUUUCUUUAAUGUGGUUUUACCCACUUACGACGUUGCAGUUCUGCACGUUAUGACAUACUUAGCUACAGUUGUAGGUGUAGUGGUUUACUAAAGCAUCCAGUGUUGAAUGUAUUUCGUUAAGCUGCGGAGAGAAGUUUUUCGAACGUUCCUUCACAUCUUCUAGUGAACGGUGGACAGAGUGAAUCAUCAUGUCAAGUCGUUGUAUUAAUAAGCUGUGACACUUUGGACGUCAAAGUAUUGUUGGCUUCAUGAAAGCCUGUAUAGCUGUUAUCAGAAUAUCAUGAGGACCACUGAUUCUGAAGAAGGAAACGAAACAUUGCUUUACCCAUUACAUACUUCAAGAAGGAGAACUGUCUAGCAAACAUUCCUACUGUAGAAGCUAACAUGAUGUUCCGCUCUGGGAUGCGUCGGAAUGUUAGAAUGCUUCUUGUCGGUGAAAGAGGGGUUGGAAAAACAUCGCUUAUCCUCUCACUCGUCAGUGAAGAAUUUCCUGAAGACGUACCUAGCAAGGCGGAAGAAAUUAUAAUCCCACCAGAUGUUACACCUGAACAAGUACCUACACACAUUGUAGAUUAUUCAGCUGCUGAACAGUCAGAAGAAAUGUUAACUGAUGAAAUUCAACGCGCCCAUGUCAUAUGUAUUGUGUAUUCCGUGGAGGAUGAAAUAUCAUUUGAGAAAAUAACUACAUAUUGGCUACCACUCAUAAGAGAAUGUAAUCCAGAUCGUCGCUGCCCUGUGGUUCUUGUUGGAAACAAAGUUGAUUUGGUAGACUAUUCCACUAUUGAAAGUAGUAUCGGUGUUAUGGAUGAAUUCCCAGAAAUUGAAAGCUGUGUUGAGUGCUCGGCGAAGACCCUGAAGAAUAUCUCGGAGAUGUUUUACUAUGCACAGAAGGCCGUCCUGCAUCCAACUGCUCCACUUUACACCGUGGAGCGGCAAGAUCUCACAGAAGAAUGUAAGGCAGCCCUAACAAGAAUUUUUAAGAUCUGUGACGUGGACAAUGAUGAGUUACUAAAUGAUGAGGAACUAAAUUUUUUCCAAAAACGGUGUUUCAAUGCUCCAUUGCAGCCACAGGCAUUAGAAGAUGUAAAAUCUGUUUUAAGACGCAAUUUAUCAAAUGGAGUUUCAGGAAAUGCAAUCACAAAAAAUGGUUUUCUGUUUCUUCACUGCCUCUUUAUUCAGAGGGGAAGAAAUGAAACAACUUGGACUGUGCUACGCAAAUUUGGAUAAACACGCGAUCUAUGUCAAAUAGCGCAAGAAUUCCUGCAUCCACCUCUUCGAGUACACAGUGGCUGUACCACGGAACUGAGUCACAAGGGUCAACAGUUCCUUUCUACAUUAUUCAAUCAUCAUGACAAGGACAAAGAUGGAGCCCUUUCACCCAAAGAAUCUGAAAGUCUCUUCUCAGCAUGUCCUGUUCCUCUUUGGGGCAAUGACGUGUGCAACACUGUUGUAACAAAUUCUCAGGGUUGGAUUACCUUGCAAGGUUACAUGUGUCAGUGGACAUUGAUCACAUUGCUUGAUGUGCAAAAAACAUUUGAGUACUUGGCUUAUCUUGGAUACAACAUUAUUGAAAAUGAAAACCAGCUGUCGGCUGUAAUAGUUACAAGAGAGAAACGUCUAGAUCUACUGAAGAAGCAAUCUGGACGCAAUGUGUACCAGUGUCAUGUAAUCGGUCCCAAAGGAUCAGGGAAAUCAAUGUUUUGUCGAAGCUUUAUAGGUCAAACAGUUGAAACAGUUACUGAGACAGGGUUGCUUGAUAAUCCACAAUGCACAAUAAACACUGUGCAGGUAUAUGGACAAGAGAAGUACUUAAUGCUGCGUGAUAUUGAUGUGCGGAAUGUUUCUGAACCAUUAACUCCAUCGGAAGUACAAUGUGAUGUAGCCUGCCUAGUUUAUGAUGUCAGUGAUCCAAAAUCCUUUGAAUACAUUGCCCGAUUAUUUUUGAAAUAUUUCAUCGAUACAAAGAUCCCAGUUCUGAUAGUUGCUAACAAAAGUGAUUUGGAGGAGGUACAUCAAGAUUAUUUACUGCAGCCUUCCAGCUUCUGCAGUCGAUAUAAAUUACCACCACCACAUCCAUUCACAGCAUCAAAGAAAAUUAAACGAGACAUCUAUGUUAAACUGGCAACAAUGGCUGCAUUUCCCAACCUACGUCGCUUGGUUCAUGUUCUUUUAUUGCGAUCACAACCCAGUGAAUGGUUCAAUCAAUACUUCAGGCAUUUGAAACAUUUGAAUAUAUUCAACGGUGAUUCAGCCGUUUGGUGGAAGGCGGGACUUGGGAUUGCUGCAGCUACUGCUGUGGGACUGCUUGUCGUUAAAGUUCUCAAAGCUGAACGAAGAUAGUCUUCCAGUUGCAGAUACAAUAAUGGAGAAAAUUCUCUUUGUGCAAUAAAUUUUCUAUAAUCAUUAUUUAACAGUAAUUUAUACUGUGCAUAUAUUUUUGUACAUUCAUAUUAUAAAUAUGCUGGGCCAAAUAUGCAAAGGGGAAGAAAAAACUACCUUUCAAGAGUACAAAGCUCAUAAUUAUUGCACCUGUAAAUUUGGUGUAAAGAUUAUCUGGCUGCUGCAGUUGAUUUUUAGUUUUUGUACAUAUUUAAUAUAAAUAUCAGAAGUCAUCAAUAUUAUUAACAUGCUGUGUGUAUUUUAUUAAAAUCAUUAACAUUUUCAUGAGUAAAUAAUUUAUGGCAUGUGUGUAUGACAAACAUGUCAGUUUAUCAUCAUUGUGAAUAUGGUUUUUUGAACUUUUAGAAAGUAGCUAUCAAACAAGUAAGUGCUCAUUCACUUUAAGUGACUGAAUACUGUUUUCAAGGCAUAUUGUGUUGUUUAUUGCUAAAAAGGUAAGAGUCAUUUUCAGUUAUAGGUGGAUGCUGCAGUGUCUGUAAAUGAGUAUUAUAAAUGAAGAAUCUAGCUACAGAACGUAGAGUCAAAGUGUAUGAGAAAAAUACUCGCUGAAAUUACAACAGUUGUAGUACAACUAACAAAAACACUGGAAAGUAGAUAUGGACCUCAGAAAUAAUGUAACCUGAGACUGGUAUCGUAGAAUCUGUUGUGGUAUACAGAAUAAUAUGUGGAUGAGAGUAAUAAUUAGCAGCAGAAAGGAAAACUUUGUCCCUACCGAAGUUACAUUGGAUGCUGGUUCACUUUUUACUGUCCUUUCUUUAUUCCGUGGCCUUUCUAUGUGUGUAGUUCUUUUGCUAGUUACACCACAGCAGUUGUUUUUCUGGGUAUAACUGUUUGUUUAUUUAAUAUGCUGAUGGCAAUAUGAGUGCUGUAUACUUUUUUUUUUUUUUUUUGUAUAUGUGGUAAAACGACAAAAUUCUAGAGAUUUUCAUUCUUCACACAAUAGGACAGAUGACCCCUCUGAAGCACAUGGUCUUGACAUACUGUGUACAUUCAGUAUAGGUAACUAAAUGAUACUUGUAACAGGAGUGAAAAGUUCACUAGCCACUAUUACUUGUGUUUGCAUUCAUGUGUAGUCUUACAGUUUUGUAAGAUAGGUUUUAAAUCAAACCAGACACUGAAAAACUAGUUUAAUUUUUUCUGUAUUUCAUAAUUGUAUGCAUAUACCACUGCAUUACACACUGUAUCUUGAGCUCUAAAAAGGAGUAUAAGUCUACCUUGCUUAGAAUUGAAACUUAAGCAUACACUCAAAUCCUCCUUUAAACAUUUUAUUUCUCAAUGUAUGAUAUGUAUAUGUGCAUCGGAGACGUGUAAAACAAUAGGUGCUAAAUUAACCCAGUAAAGCUUUACCCUUGCUGAUGAUAGUAUAGUAUGCAAUUAAUGCUCAGAAUAUAGGUUUUGUAAGUCAUAGGACUCAUUUUAAUUAUUAUGCUCAAGUCACAGUUUUCUGGUAUUUAUGAGGGACAGGCACAUCUACAGCAGUUGUACUUAAUAUGUGGUUAAUUUGUGUUUGGUGUAGUAUUGAAUGUAACAACAAAAGUAAUACUGUUUUUCCCAUACUAGUCACUUAAUGAGAAUGUUGUGUAGGUUAUAUUUAUUUAUAAUUUAUUAUUUAAAUUAUUUGCUUGUAUCUAGUAGUUUCAGUCUAUAAAAUUAUGUUCAUAAUUUGUUGUUAAAUUUUUAUGAGUAAAUUAUUUUAUAUAUAGUGGUUAAGAAAAUAUGAACUUGUGGCAAGAGGCAGAGACUGACUGACUGACUUUCAAUUCUUUCUUGUCUAGCAGCAUAAAAGAUACUGCAGCUCUUUCAAGUUAAUUAUGCAUUUUAGUUACAAUGGUGCUAGUGAAUAAAUAUGUUAAUCCAGUGUGGAGUAUUAUAACAAAUAUCAAUUCUAAGUGUUAUUGUUAACCUGUGCAACUGACAGAUGUUUAUCUGUCAGCAAGGUGCCGUUAUUUCAAGGGUCAGUUUACACGUGUAGAUAAGUGUCUGUUAACACAACUGACAUUUAUAGUAUGUUUGCAAUGUAAAAGUUAAUGUACUGCGCAGUUAUGAUGAAGACUGCAUGAGCAUUGGUUCUAAGAUUUUUGUUUAUGAGGAAAGCAUAGUUAAUAACAAAGGGACAUGCGUAAGUAAUGGUACAAAUCUGUCGCGUAUGGUAUCCAUGUAGUGAAUUCGUGUAUGUCUCCAUAUUCUUCAAAAACCAUUUCCCUAUGGUGAGGUAAUUAGUUGCUACAGUUUGGGAAGAAAAAAAAUUAUAAGAGUGUAGUAGUGCAGUGAAAGCAGAUAAUAAAAUUGCUUACAAACCCAUGUGUGUUGUUAUGGUGUAAUCAGUGAGAAGUGGGCAUUUAGGAAACAGAAAUGACAAUGACUUGGUGACAUUAAUCAUUACAUUGCUGAAUUCAUUGAGGAUGAAUUAUUACUUUCUGUUCUUAUCAGGGAUGAAUGGCAUUUUGAGAUGGGGAUAAACGGUUAGAAUAAGCAACAUAUCGGACAACAACAAAGGUGGUUUUUAGAUACAUAUCUUAGAACUGCCAAGCUUUAUGCGUAAUUACAUUAUUGUUUUGUGUUUGGGGGGACAUUCUCAUGUACUUGACAGAGUGCUCAUAUCACGAGCAUCAUAUCACUGAGAAACCAGUCAACAAGGAAAUAACUCAUAAUCACUAUUGUAUUUGUAGUUUUAUUGACUUUUUGGUCAUGUGAACAGGAUUAACACACAAGCUGUUUUCCUCUCUUCCCUUUCCCUAGUCCUUCUCCUUUCCUUUUCUUUGUCUUUUCAACAUGUUUCUUUUUUCUGUGUACUUGUCAGUAACAGUUGAUGUGGUUAUGGAGGAGUAAACUUUGUGCAGGACCUUCUGCCUUCUUAAUUUCAAUUUUGAUAGAAAGAGGGCUUCAACAUUUGAAGUAGUGGCUAAGUUUCAAUAUCACAGGCAUCGGCUUGUCUGGUGUGUGACUCCAACCUUCCUCUUCCUUGUUUUUGUAGCAUUUGACAUUGCAUCUGCUCCACAAUGUGUUAUUACCUGUUUUAAUGACACAACAAUGCUUUUGUAAAACAGUUAGUUGUGACAAACUGUUAGUUUAGUUAUUACAAGGGCUAUUCAGAAAGUAGGGAACAUUUUGACAUUUAAAAGAAGCUAAGUACAAGAAAUACAUUUUAUUAUAUACAUCUGAAAGAGCAACUGACUUACUACUUCUCCAUAUAGUCACCGAACACAUUGAGGCACUUAUCAUAGUGGUGGACAAAGUUUUCAAAGACAUUCUUCGUAAAAUUUUGCUGUCUGAGCAGCCAUUGAGUCACGCCCGCCUGGAGUUCCACGUCGUCAUCAGAGUGCUGCAUUGCCAGUUCAUCAUCUUGGGAAAUAAAUGAAAGUCGGUUGGUGCAAGAUUGGGGCUGUAGGGCAGUUGAGGCAAAAUUUCCCAUUUGAAUGAAUUAAGGAGUUCUUUAGCGUGGUUUGCCAUGCGAGGUCGGGCAUUGUCGUGCAAAAACAAGAGUUUGGAUGUCCCUCAGCAUUUGUACUGAUCUGCUCUUCUAAGGCUGUGCAAUGUUUGACAGUACUGGGCAAAAAUAUGGUUGCUCCAUAUUCGAGAAAAUCAAUAAGAAGCACACCUUGUCUAUCCCAAAACACUGUCGCCAUCAACUUCCUUGCCAACAAGGUUUGCAAACAUUUUCUUGGUUUUUAGGGGGCCUUGGGUGCCCCCCACUCCAUGGACUGUAAUUUUGUCUCGCAGUUGACGUGUUUCACCCAAGUCUCAUCACCGGUUACGAUUAAGUCCUGUAAUGAAUCACCACGUAUGUGGUAGGCCUCCAGAAAUGAUAACGUUGCUCCCAUUCGCUGUUCUUUAUGGUGCUCUGUUAGCAUUUUGGGCACCCAUCAUGCACAAAAUUUGUGGUAGCCUAGCUUUUAGUGUCAAUUUCAGACAACAAAGUCUGUGAAACUUGUGGAAAAGAAAGCGAAAGCUCCGUUAUUGUGAAGCGAGGGUUUUCACUAAUCAUUUCAUCAACUUUAACGCCAAGUUCAUCAGUCACAGUGCUCGGGCGUCCACUCUUCUCUUCAUCAUGAACAUUGGUUUGGCCAUUUUUAAACUGAAAGCACCAGUUCCAGAUGGAACUUUUGUUCAUUACAUUGUUUCCAUAUACAUCACACAGUUCACGAUAAAUUUCUAUAGGUUUUAGGUUUUUUGCCAACAAAAACCAUAUCACAGACAGCACCUCACAACUAGUGGGAUUUUCAAUUGCAGCGUACUUUUCAAAUUCAAAUAUAAAAAGAACCAGACAUGCAGAGAUGUGCCCGUUGUCACAGAUGGAUGCUGACUGAGCUGCCGAGCAUGCACAUACCAAAAUAUUCGCAAUCGGCGUGUGCCUAGCAUGUUAGAUGGAAACAUUCCCUACUUUCUGAAUAGCCCUCAUAUAAAGAGAUAGCUUGGCUGGCCAAUAUGUCUCUGUAAUCAUCAUAUUUUUCUGAAUGAAAUUUUCGUUUUGACACAGUACUUAUUAUUCGUUACAGUCAUAGGGGAAACAUAUAGUGCUUCCCUCUCAAUUAAAAUAUGCAAAGUUUACAGGUUAUGCAUAAACUUAUGGAAUGUAGAUGUCGAAGGUGGUGUUGGAAAGGAACAGAUAAUUCAUACCGUCUAAUAAUAUUGUUGGGUAACUCUAAAUGAUGACAUUGUUGGGUAGUUAUAUAAUUCUGACUUUAAUUAUCAGUGAAAGUGAUUAGUCAUUGUAUUCCUGUUGUGUGUUUGGGUGGUGGAAUAAAUACACUCAAAUGCAAAAAGAGAGAGACAAGGUGGAGGAAUUAUCCAAAUGGGACAAAAAUCAGUAGAUGGUAUACAUAUUUACAGGCAAACAAAUGAUCACAAUAUCAGAAAAAUUGGGUGAUUUGUUCAAGAGAAAAAGCUUCACAAAUUGAGCAAGUCAUUGAUGCAGUGGUCCAUCUCUUGCCCUUAUGCAAGGAGUUAUUCAGCUUAGUAUUGAUUGAUACAGUUGUUGGAUGUCCUCCUGAAGGAUAUUGUGCCAAAUUCUGCCCAAUUGGCACAUUCAAUCAUAAGAAUCCCGAAAUGGUUAGAGGCCAUACCCAUAAUGCUCCAAAUGUUUUCAGUUGGGUAGAGUGUCAGCAACCUUGCUGAUCUGGGUAGGUUUUGAUGAGCACGAAGAUAAAUUGUAGAGACCCUUGCCACUGAUGGGCGGACAUUAUCUUGCUGGAAUGUGAGCCCAGGAUGACUUGCAAUGAAGGGCAACCAUAGGGGCAUAGAAUGUUGUAAACAUACCGCUGUGCUUUAAGGUUUCUGCAGAUGACAGACUAAAGGAGUCUUGACAUGAAAAGAAAUACCACCCCAGGUUGUUGGGCUGUAUGGCGGACAACAGUCUGGUUGGUGUUCCACCACUGUCCAGAGUGUCUCCAGGCAUGCCUUUGCUGGUUAUUGGGGCUCAGUUCAAAGUGCAACUCAUCACUGAAGACAAUUUUAUUCCAGUCAAGGAGAUUCCAGGCUGAAGACAUGUCUGGAGACACCCUGGACAGCAGUGGAAUACCAGCCAUACAGUGCAACAGUCAGGAGUGAUGGUGUGGGGGGUUAUUUCAUUUCGUAGCAGGAUCCCUUUGGUUGUUAUCUGCAGCAUCCGUACAGCACUGUGGUACGUUGUUGAUUUUCUACAUCGUGUUUUGUUGUCCUUCACGACAAGCCACCCUGAGCUUAAAUUCCAGCAAAGUAAUGCCUGCUCACGUACAGCGAGAGUUUCUACUGCUUGUCUUUGUGCUUCCCAAACCCUACCUUGGCUAUCAAGGUUUCUGAAUAUCUCCCCAGUUGAGAACGUUUGGAGUAUCAUGGGAAGGGCCCACUAACAAGACCAUUGAACCUAUAUAACACUUUAUAAAUCAGUGCAAAGUCAAACAAAUGCUUGCAUAAGGGCUAGAGGUUGAUCAAUGUGCUAAUGACUUCCUGAGUUUGUGACCCUCUUUCUCUUGAAUAAGUUGUCCAAUUUUUCUGAAUUACAAUCAUUUGUUUGUACAUGUACAUCAGUCCUACUGAUUUUCAUCCAAUUCAGAUAAGUCCUUUGUGGUGCGUAAUUUUGUUCGUCUUUGUAACUGUAUCAUGUGGAUGACUAAUGUAACUGUGUAUUCACUGUUGUGUCAAGUAUUUUUUAUAUUGUAAUUGUGGGAUAUGCUAUCACAUUGCCUCCUGCAGUCAAAAAAUUUAGGAAUUUUGUUUGGCAGGCAGAACACAAAAGCCACACUAUGCCUUGCCAUCACUUAUAGAAUAUUCUCUUCUUAAUUUCUUUCACGCUGAAAAUUAUUUCCAUUGCCAAGCACUACUAGAUAUCACAGCUUCAUCGUAUGUAAGCACUAAUUAAACUAUGUUUAAAACUACUUACAUUAUGAUCACCUUGGGUUAAAACUGCUCCAUGGAGAUUUUGCUCAUUCUAAUUUACUUGACUUCUUUGAGUUUGUUACAAAUUUGGCCUGGAAACUGUAAUGCAGACUGGGUGCAAAGUAGACAAGUACAAGUAUUUACUGAGCAAUAUAUAUCUGAAUGUAACAUUCUAAGCCUCUUUGUUUUGCCUUUGUAUUGGGUUGUUUGCAACAGACCAAGAGCUGGUUGUACAUGAUUUGUUAACAAUGUAUAAUUAUUGUUAACAUCAAUAACUAUUGUAUUAGUUAUUUACUGUUUGUGUUGGCUGACCUGGUAUUUGUCAUCGUACAAAACCAGAUCUGUUUUUCAACGUUCAGUUCUUUCUAGAACUUUUUUACAUAACUUGACGUCUGAGACAGCGAUUUGUUUAUGUGAAAAAAAAAUUGUGCUGUGGUACAGAUUUUAUGAUAGUUGUAGGACACUUAUACCGGAUAGAUUAACCAAUUUGAAAGAAAGCUGUGACAGGUAAAUAGGACUAUGCCCAAUAAAACACCGUAGCAUUCAGAACAACCUUGGAGUUUAUUACAGCUUUGCUUUUACUACUUGUAGAUUACACUGAAUCAUGGCUUAUUAAUAUACACCCCUUGAUAUUUCAAGGUGCUAUUACUGCUGAAAUCCUAUUUUACAUACUGUUUACAACAAUCAUAGUUAAGGAAAGCCAAACACUCGUACAGAUGAUCAGUGAAUUUUCCGUAGGCACAUGCAACCAAAUCAGAAACUCGAAUUAGCUUUCAAAAAUUCAGUGUUUCUGCUUGUCUAAGAAGUAGUACACUGUGUGUGUGUGUGUGUGUGUGUGUGUGUGUGUGUGUGUGUGUGUGUGUGUGUGAGAGAGAGAGAGAGAGAGAGAGAGAGAGAGAGAGAGAGAGAGAGAGAGAGGGUGGGGGGGGGGGGGGGGGGAAGACUACUUAGACUAGAAACAAACAUGAAAGCUAGUGUGAUUUUCUGAUCUUUUACAUGUGUCUGUUCAUCAGAUAUCUGCAAGUGAAUUUUGGGGUUUUCUCAAUAAUGUUUGCAGUUGCUGUCCCAGAAUGUAAAUUCAUGUAAUAUUUAUGUACACAUGACUAUUUUUCACUGAACUUGCUGUUGUUAAACACUCACACACAGCCCAGAAAAGUUUGUUUGGGAAAUUUGAAAAGGCCUCCAGAGAAUCAUUCUUCUGUUUUUACUUUUAUUUAAUCCAGUGUAAAUUCAUAUCCUCAUUAAUUGUCACACUAAGGAAUAGAGCCAUUGACACAUUCAAUAUUACUAGAAAAUUUGUGUCCUACAGUAGUAUUUGUGAUAAUGACAAUCAAUUAAAUGUAUGCAGGAAGAGCUGUGAAAAUAAGAAUACUAUCUGAAAGCACUUGCAUCAAAGACAGACAUUUUGAACAGUGGCAAAUGUAAGCAAAUGCAUUUCAUUCCUUUUAAAGUUAGACAAGGAAUGAAGCAGAGCAUAAGUGAAAGUGACUUUUAGCCUAUGAGAAGCAGUGCCUGUCUUGAAAGUAAUAAUUUGUUGCUUAAAAAUUAGUAACAUAUGUCUAAUUAGCCUGUAGGAACAUUGUAAGUAUUUUUCUCACUGCAAUGAUGGAUCUUAUUAACAGUUAGAUUUGUAAUAUUGUGAGAAACACUGCUUCUCACAGUAUUGUCAUGCAGUUUGUGGCCUGUCAGUAUAGGAGCUCUACUUACCUCCUGCCAUUCAUCAAAAUGAUCAUGGUGUUAUCAGUAUUGUUGUUGACUGUGAUGCAGCUGUCAUAUUUAUUACUUUGUAUACUCUCCAAUUUGUUGUGCUGCUUAUUUAUACUUCCUAAAACCUAUAAAUACAGGAUAUUGUUUACUUGUUUAUGUAAUUUUGUCUUCUUCAUUAAUGUGUUGUGUGAUGCAAGUAAAUCAUUGUUUGUUUAAAGUUUUUUGUGGUGUUCCAUGCAUUUGUCUUUCUUUUAUAUGAUUUCCACUGUAAUUGUUACAGCCUUGAUCUUUUGAAAUGUAUUCUUGAGUGUCAUGCAUGUUUUUACUAGUAAGAAAAAAGGCCACAGUCUGUUUCACUUAUUGCAUUUAUUCCAGUUUUAAUUUCUAUUGACUGAGAUUUAUAUGUAUAAUCUCAGGCUCUACUUUAAAAUUUUUUCAGAUCUGCUUUGUUCCCUCAAAAACAAACGUACUUUAGUCACAUCUCUAAUGUCUUUAAAUAUGUCUGUGUUUGUGAUGGUUUUUGAAGGGGAAUUUGGCAUUGUCAUUAACAUUGCUGGGUGGUUUCAUUUAUCCUGGUAAAUCUGUUGAAUGAAGUCUAAAUAUACAGAUUUGCCUAAACUGUACCUGUGUGUUCAUUUAUCACAAUAUGAUUAUUUUUAAAAAUAAAUUAAGGCUUAAUCAGA